UGCUGUUUCAAUUCUUGAUAUUCUAACAUUUACUGACAAUUUUUACAGAGAUGAACAAUCAUCCAAAUGCCGCCAGGUUCCAACAAAUAUACGAUGAGGCAGAUGCAAAGCAGAAAGGGAAAUGGGCCGAGAACGACGCGUUAUUCAGAUGGGAUAAGAGAAUACUCAAAUUGAUCGGCUAUCCUGACGGACCUCCAGACGAGCCUCAACUCAUGGACGAUUGGAUGAACCGGUACCUCACCGAAAUUGUAAAAGCCGGCAAAAGAGAACAUAAUCAUUAUCCUCAGCAGGAGGCGGCCAACAGGGACACACAGCGCCAAAAAAGGGGUGUGAUCUCUAGCAGCAAUGAGAAGUCGCCAAUAACCGUGCAAAAAGAGACAGACAGCCAACGUAAUUUGGGAAGACUGGUUAAAUACUUAACAACAAGCUCGCCCAACGACGAGGCAGAGUUGGAGUCAGAGUCAGAGCCGGAUCAGACCCCGGAGAAUACUGCACCUCAACGGUCCCAAGGUUCCAGGGUCAAGCUUGUGAGCAAUCGGAAGCCGGUGAAAACCACGAAGAAGGAGGCUAUGAGCCUACGCGAAAUGAUUGGUAUGGCUCCCUACCUGGGGCAACCUAUAACGCAAUCAGGUUCGCCAAACAAGAAGCCAGAGCCUAAUCAACGCGACGAAAGAAAAGCUAGACGUGAAAACGACCGCUUCCACAUUUACAGCAGUGCGAAGUUUCCUGGCUUCGACUCACAGUCUCGGCCGGAUUCGGCACGAGAAGACGAGGGAGCCCUAAGAUCUCAGGGAUCUCAGGGAUCAUUCGUCCCCUCUUCAUCUUCUCCGUUGCCGCGUAACAUGGCCCACGAAUGCAAUGGGAGUUCUGAGGAGAUACAAGACCACGCAGCUGCGAUUCCACCUCGAGAUACGAGCAGUGUCUCUAAUGGCGGUAGCAACAAUGGUGCAAAGCGAAAGGUGAAGGACAAAACCUUGAAUAAUGGUCUAGGUGGUUAUUGGGAUCCUAGCUUUGACGACAGCGGGGGUAGACUGAGGAAGCACCGAAAGGACUUCUGCGCUUGAUGUCCAGGGAAGUGAGGUUAGACAGCUCCAAGUGGUGAACGAAAGAAGUACUGGGAACGGGGGAGUGGGUUCGUUUGUGCUGGGUCGAUUCUUUUAUUGCGACUGUCCAGUUCAAGUAGUGAAUGAAGCAAUUCACAACCUUUCGUAGCCCACCUUGGCUUUUCGCCGUGCUUAAUAUAUUGAUUGCGCCAUGAUCAACCCGGAUUAGCAAGU